GUUUCUUGUGUAUUUCCAGUGUCUGAGCUGAGGGUGGUGAUUCUGGGAAGCGGCUGGGGUCAGAGGAGCUCUGUGGGAAACCUGUUACUGAAUGAGUCUGUGUUUGAUGCAACAAAAGAACCUGAAAGACCCAUCAGACAAACAAGAGAACUUCAAGACAAGAAGAUCUCAGUGAUCAACUGUCCAGACCUGCUCCAGCCCGACCUCACUGCAGAUGCACAGUCAGAGUUAGUCAGAGACACAGCAGACGCCUGUGACCCUGGUCCUCAUGUGUUCCUGCUGGUUCUACAGCCUGAAGACUUCACUGAGCAACACAACAUCAGACUACAGUCAGUCCUGAGGAGCUUCAGUGAGCAGAGCUUCCAACAUUCACUGGUGCUGCUGACAGCAACAAAAAAGACAAGUGUAAUGAAGGAUUAUUUGAAUUCUCCCCCUCUGAAAAAUCUGAUUAAAAAAUGCAAAUACAGAUAUCAGUUGGUGAAGAGCCUUGAAACACAUAUGAUCUCUGAAGUACAUGAAGAACUCUUGACUAAAAUAGUCCAAAUACUUAAAGAGAACAAUGAAAAACAUGUUACUCUUGAUAUAUAUGAGGAUCCUGCUCCAGCAGCUCAUCAGACCAAAGAAGGAGAAGGAGACGUUAUUACUGCAUUUAAAAAAGAAUUUAACAACACACUGAGAAAGAGUAAAAUAUAUUCUGGUUCUGACUCCACUCUCAGGAUUCUUCUGCUUGGAAGUAAUUUUAAGAACCAAACAAAAAUGUGUGCAAUCCUCAAUAACAUUGAUAUGGCAACAGAACAAAGCUCUUCCACCGCUAACAUUUGGAGAAAACGACCAGUGGUAGUGAAGACCCCAAACCUGCUCUGUCUGUCUGUGGAGACUGUGACAGGAGAACUGAACAAAUGUGUGUCUAAGUGUUCUCCUGGACCCAACGUCGUGCUGCUGCUGGUGAAUCCUUCAGACUUCACUGAAAACAACAGGAAAACUCUGACCUUCAUCCUGAGUCUGUUUGGUCCAGGUGCCUUUAAACACUCCAUGGUGGUUCUCACACACAAGGGACCAGAGACCCUCAGUGUUUCAAAGCUCAUUAGUGAUUGUGGUGGAAGAUUCUACAACAUGUUUGAUGAAAACCACAAACUCCUGACUGAUUCCCUCAAGAGAAUUGUAGAUCAAAACAAAGCAUCAUUCCUUACCCUCACUGUGGAGCAGAAACCCUCUCUGAACCUGUUUUUUUUUGGGAAGACUGGAGCAGAGAAGACUUCAACAGCUGAGUGUAUUUUAGGGCGAGCAGAGCUCCCUGCAGCGAGUAGCACAGAGCAGUGUGUUAAACAUGAGGGAGAGGUCUGUGGGCGUCGUGUGUCUCUGGUGGAGCUGCCGGCUCUGUCUGGAAAACCUCUGGAGACAGUGAUGCAGCAGUGCCUCCACUGCAUCUCCCUCUGUGCUCCUGAGGGCGUCCACGUCUUCAUCCUGGUUCUACCGGUGGCUCCUCUCACUGAUGAAGACAAGACCGAGCUGAAGAUCAUCCAGGACACACUCAGCUCUCGAGUCCGUCCCUUCACUAUGAUUCUGUUCAUUCAUUCAGAGCCCACUGCUCCAGCUGUGCUUCAGUUUGUUGAAGGAGACAGAGACAUCCAGGAGCUGUGUCAGAGCUGUGGAGGAGGAUAUUUUAUAUUCAACCCCAGAGACCAACAGCAGGUCCCUCAGCUGCUGGAUUUUAAACACACACUGAAGACCAAGAAUGAAACUUACAGCUACACCACAGAGACACUUGUGCAAGCUCAAAUAGAGAAGAUUUCAGCUCAACACAAACAAAUGGAGGACAUGAAAUAUAAAACAAACAGAUGUGGUGAUAGUCUGAGUCCUGAUUGUCUGAAGAUCGUUCUGAUUGGAAAAACAGGAAACGGAAAGAGUUCCUCAGGAAACACUAUCUUAGGAAGAGAUGAGUUUAAAGCUAUACCCAGUCAAAUAUCUGUCACUAAAGUUUGUAAAAGGGCAAAAGCUACAGUAGACGGACGCUCUGUGGCUGUGGUGGACACUCCAGGACUCUUUGACACAACCAUGUCACGUGAUGAGGUCUACGAGGAAAUGCUGAGAUGCAUCAGUCUUUUAGCUCCUGGACCACAUGUUUUUCUGUUGGUUUUACAAAUUGGACGACUGACAAAAGAAGAGAAAGAGACACUAAAACUCAUCAAAGAAGGGUUUGGAAAAGAGGCACAAAAGUUUACUAUUAUUCUUUUUACACAUGGAGAUCAGCUGACAAAACGUAAAAUGUCAAUUGAAGAUUACAUAGAAAAAGAUUGUGAAAGUUCCUUUAAGGAACUGAUGUCUAAGUGUGGGAACAGGUACCAUGUGUUUGAUAAUGAUGAAGAAAAUCGCACUCAGGUCGUGGAGCUGCUGAAGAAGAUCGAUGAGAUGGUGAAGGAAAACGGUGGAGGCUGUUACACCAACGACAUGCUCAAAGAGGCUGAUGCAGCCAUUAAAAAAGAGAUGCAGAACAUUAUGAAAGAGAAGGAAGAGGAGAUGAGGAAAGAGAGGGAGGAGAUGGAGAGAAAAUACCAACAGGAAAUGGAAGAAAUUAAACAAAAAAUGAACAAACAAAGAGAGGAAUUUGAAAAAGAUCGACAACAGAGAGAGAAAGAACUCAGAGAAAAGGAGGAAAAAAUUGAAGAGGAGAAAAAGCAGCAAAAAAGAGAACAGGAAAAGAGAGAGAAAGAAGAGGAAAGGAGGAAGGAAGAAGAGAGACUACAGCGACAGAAGUGGGAAGAAAAAAGAAAAGCUCUAGAGGAAAAAAUCAGAUUAGAGCAACAGUCAAAAGAACAAUUUGAAGUCAAACUGCAGGAGAACAGGAGACAGAUGGAACAGGAGAGAGAACAGUGGGAAAAAGAAAGAAAAGAAUGGUGGGAGAAACGAAAACAAGAAGAUGAAGAGAGACGACAACAGGAGAAAAAAAUUCAAGAAGAAAUGAGACAAAUUGAAAAUGAAAAAGAACUAAAAGAAAAAGAACUAAAAGAAAAGGAAAGGAAGAUUAAAGAAGCAGAAUAUGAGCGUGAAAAAGAACAAAAAAAGAGAGAAGAGGAGGACAGACAGAGGAAGGAACAAGAGGAAAAAAUGCACCAGGAAUGGGAACGGAAACACAAAGAACUGGAAGAAAAAAUUAAAUCCGAAGAGCAAUCUAAAGAAAUGUUUGAAAUAAAACGUCAAGAGAGCAGGAGACAGAUGGAACAGGAGAGAGAACAGUGGGAAAGAGAAAGAAAAGAACGGUGGAAGAAACGAAAACAAGAAGAUGAAGAAAGACGACAACUGGAGGAAAGAAGACAAGAAGAAAUGAAACAAAAAAAAAUUGAGAAAGAGCAGAAAGAGAAAGAACUGAAAGAAAAAGAGGAAAAAUAUAAAAGAGAACAGGAAAACCGAGAAAAAGAAGACAGAAAAAGGAAGGAAGAAGAAAAAAGGCAGCGUCUUUGAGUGGGAACAAAAACACAACGAAUUGGAAGAAAAGAUCAAAUCAGAAGCAAAGUCAAUGGAAAUACAACUAGAAGAAAACAGGAGGCAGAUGGAACAGGAGAGAGAGAAGUGGGAAAGAGAAAGAAACGAAUGGUGGGAGAAACGAAAA